AUGUGGAAGGGGGGGGCAUUGGAACAUUUUAACUCGCAUGGCCACAUCCCACCAGAGGCUCUCAAGCAGAUCUGGGUGGCGUGGCAAGCAUCUGGUGACACGUGGCACACCCACAGGGACUCUGUGCAGCUGAUAGUGUUCAACGCUGCCGUCCAGCUGGCACUGGACGAAUGCAUUGGGUCGCCUCGUCUCCCAGCCUCCUCGGGCCCAUCAUUCCUCGCUGCCAUGGCAGCAGCCGUGGGCCUCUCGCCGUCUGUGGCCCUCGCAGCGAUCCUCAAUCAAGUGGCUGCUAGGCUGGAAACAGAGCUCAUUGCUUGCAAUGACUUGAUAGAAGCGUUCAUGUGGCGCCAUGCAAACGUCAAGUUGCGCCAGAUAGCGAAUCUGCUCUCUGCAUUCACUCCCCCUGCGAUCUCGCAUGAGCUAGUGUCAUCAGCCCAUCGUCUGGGUGUCAUGCUGACUCAACGCCAGCGACAGGAGUUGGCAUGGAUGUAUGAGAGGGCUGCUGGUACCAAGCAUGUGGUGCUCAUGAGGACUGCACUCGGGCACUCUAUCCUGUCAAAUUUCAUUAAGGGGUAUGGCUAA